AGAGACUAAUGAAUGAUUUUUGAGAACACAUGCACAGAUAUGGUACCUAUUUGUAAUAAAAAAACACAUGAAAAUGUUUGAGUUCUUUCUUUGACUGCUAUCAAACCAAAGCAGCAAAAUACAGAAAACAAACAACAAAUCCAAAGUAGACUCCUGGUCCCCCAAUCUCAGUAACCCAUCAUGCUCAGCUAGUUAAACCCCAAGUUUGGGCUUUUAUUGUUAUGAUCAGAUGUUUUAAUUACAAGCCCUCCACUCAUUUUGAUUCUUUUUGUCAAGGUAGGAUUUUUGAAGCACCCCGUGUUUUUAAUCAGUUUGAGCGUAACAGCCAAUGGCUUCAGUUAGUGUAGUUCCCACAUUGGGAACAAAAGAACCUAGUGAAAACAGUGCUGGUGUUGAUAGGCUUCCCGAAGAGAUGAAUGACAUGAAAAUUAGGGAUGACAAGGAAAUGGAACCAGCCAUAGUUGAUGGUAAUGGGACGGAGACUGGGCACAUUAUCGUGACAACUAUUGGUGGUAGAAAUGGCCAACCAAAGCAGACAAUUAGCUAUAUGGCUGAGCGAGUUGUUGGGCAAGGAUCAUUUGGAGUAGUUUUUCAGGCAAAAUGUCUAGAGACUGGUGAAGCGGUUGCAAUCAAAAAGGUUCUUCAGGACAAGAGGUACAAAAACCGGGAGUUGCAAACCAUGCGUGUUCUCGAUCACCCAAAUGUUGUCUCGCUUAAGCAUUGCUUCUUUUCAACGACGGAAAAGGAAGAGCUCUAUCUUAACCUGGUAUUAGAGUUCGUCCCAGAGACUGUUCACCGGGUGAUCAGACACUACAACAAGAUGAAUCAAAGAAUGCCUAUGAUUUACGUGAAACUUUAUAGUUACCAGAUUUUGAGAGCACUGGCUUACAUUCAUGGCAGUAUUGGAGUAUGUCACAGAGACAUUAAACCGCAAAACUUGCUGGUAAACCCACAUACUCACCAAGUAAAAUUAUGCGACUUUGGAAGUGCAAAAGUUCUGGUAAAAGGAGAGCCAAACAUUUCUUACAUCUGUUCUAGAUACUACCGUGCCCCGGAACUUAUAUUUGGUGCAACGGAAUACACUACUGCCAUAGACAUCUGGUCUGCUGGGUGUGUUUUGGCCGAAUUGCUGCUUGGACAGCCCCUCUUUCCUGGUGAGAGUGGAGUGGACCAGCUUGUGGAAAUUAUCAAGGUUUUGGGUACACCUACUAGGGAGGAAAUCAAAUGCAUGAAUCCCAACUAUACAGAAUUCAAAUUUCCACAGAUAAAAGCUCAUCCAUGGCACAAGAUAUUCCAUAAGCGCAUGCCUCCAGAAGCCGUGGAUCUUGUGUCACGUCUGUUACAGUAUUCUCCGAAUCUUAGAAGUUCAGCUUUGGAUGCUUUGAUGCAUCCCUUUUUUGAUGAGCUUCGAGACCCAAACACCCGCCUACCAAAUGGGCGAUUUCUUCCUCCGCUGUUCAACUUCAAGUCUCAUGAGAUAAAGAAGGUGCCAACUGAGAUGCUGGGAAAGCUGAUUCCUGAACAUGCGAGAAAGCAGUGUGCAUCCAUCAGUGCAUGAGUAUUCUUCAGUAUCUAUGUAUUUAUGUACUCUAGUUGUAGGCAAAACUAAAAGUUUAUGCUCAAUAUGCUAUCAUGUGGGGGUAUACUGACCCUUGCGUGUAGUUCAUGACAUAGUUGUAAUAGUUAAUCGUAUGCAAAGCUUAAUAUGUUUUUAAUUAGAACUAGAGAUGGUUUUGGAGUUGCA